AUGAGUUCUUGGGCUUGGUCGAGGAAGCCGAGCGAUACCGCUGAAUUAGCCGAGUGGAAUAUUCUCAUCGACAGGCUGGAUUUAAUUCAGUUAUCUGAUAAUAAGGAUAAAUGGUCUUGGCUGGGAGGAGAUUGCUCGGAAUUUUCGGUGAAGACUGUAAAAGAAUUCCUUAAUAGUGGUAAAGAUUUCAGUGAAAAGUAUGUUUUUAGUUGGUCAAAAUGGGUUCCAAAGAAGAUUAACAUCUUCAUAUGGAGAGCCAUUUUGGAUCGUUUGCCUACGCUAACAUCCCUUAAAGCUCGGAACUGCUAUUCUGGUGAUUUGAGCUGUUGUAUGUGUGAAGAUGGUGAGGAAUCAGUUACUCAUUUGCUGUGUUCCUGCAGUAUAGCGAGUCGUGUGUGGCAACAUAUAGAGAUAUGGUGUAAGGUGAAUCGAUUUUUUGCUUUUUCGGUUAAGGAUCUCAUCGAAUUCCCGAACUUUUGUGGUCUCAGAUCUAAAGUGAAGGAGGCCCUCAAAGAUACCGGUCAAAAGAUAGGUCGAUUAGAUGGGAAGACUGGUGUCGUUUUAAUAUAA